CUCGUCGUCAACGGUCGCCCUCGUCCAGCGAGUACCGCCACUGUGCCCGCCAUGCCGCCUUCUGUCCCGCCAAAGACCAACCCGCCCGUCAUCCGGCACCACCAGGCCGAGUUCACAGACCGCGGCGGGACCUACACGCGGCCUCAACCGUGA